AGUCAUCCACAGAGUCAGAGCAAGUCAGGAGCCAGGCGGGGGCUUUGCCGGGGGCAGGACUCCGCAGGCCGAUUCCCACACUUCAGCAGUCUGUGCACACCUGUUGGAUCGCUUCCCCCCACCCUCAGGUCCUCGGCGAUGGCGAUGGCUCUGGCGAUACUGCGGGACUGGUGCAGGUCGAUGGGCGUGAACGCUCAGCGAUCUCUGCUCAUCCUGGGCAUCCCAGACGACGGCGAAGACCAGGAAUUCCAGGAGGCUGUGCAGGCUGCCCUGCGUUCCCUGGGCAGGUACCGAGUGCUGCGCAAGGGCUACAGAAAGGAGCUGGGGUCGAGGGUUGCCCUGGUCGAGUUUGCUGAGUAUAUAAAUCGAAGCUUGAUCCCCCGCCAAAUACCGGGCAACGGGGGGCCCUGGACUGUGGCCUGCCUGCCCCAGGCCCCUGAUGCUGAGUCACAGGAUAGACCCAGUUUCCCUGCACAGCCCCAGAGACUAGCAGUGGUUGGCAGGGCAGGUGAGGCAGGAACUGCAGAUCACUCAGGAACUGCGGGUGAGGAGGAAGCUGUAGGGGAGGCGGGAGCCGCAGGUAUGGAGGGAGACGCAGGUGAGGGGGAAGGCUUAGGUGAGGCAGGGGCUGGAGGCGAGGAAGGAGCUGCAGGUGAGGAGGGAGCUGCAGGUGAGGCAGGAGCUGCUGGUGACAGAGAGGCUGGAGUUGAGGCAGGACCUGCAGGUGAGGCAGGAGGUGCAGGUGAGGAGGGAGCUGCAGGUGAGGCAGGAGGUGCAGGUGAGGGAGGGGCUGGAGGUGAGAGAGGGGCUGGAGGCGAGGAAGGAGCUGUAGGUGACGAGGGAGCUGAGGGUGAGGCAGGAGCUGCAGGUGAGGCGGGAGCCGCAGGUGAGGCGGGAGCCGCAGGUGAGGAGGAAGGAGCUGUAGGUGAGGAGGGAGCUGAGGGUGAGGCAGGAGCUGCAGGUGAGGCGGGAGCCGCAGGUGAGGCGGGAGCCGCAGGUGAGGAGGAAGGUCCAGGUGAGGCAGGGGAUGGAGGUGAGGCAGGGGUUGAGGGUGAAGCAGGAGCUGAAGGUGAAGCAGGAGUGUCAGACGACGAGGGAGCUGCAGGUGAAGGAAAUGUUGCAGGCGAGGCAGCACUUCCGAGUAUGGCAGGACCCGCGGGCGAGGCAAUGACCGCGGCUGAGGAAGCAGCUGUGGAAGCGGCAGGCGCCGUGGGUGAGGCGGCGCCCUGGACCCAGCAGUGGAGGCAGGCCUUGCAGGCCGUGCCAGACACCGCGGGCUCCCAGGAGCUGGGAACCUUCUCUGGGAUGCAAGAGCCGGGCCACGGGGAAGAGUCCUUUGAGAGCUGGCUGGAGCAGGCCAGCGACAUGCUGCACCUGUGGCGCCACGUGUCUGAGGGGGAGAGGAGGAGGAGGCUGGUGGAGAGCCUGCGCGGCCCCGCGCUGGACGUCCUGCGCGGCCUCCUGGCGGAAGAUCCCGAGCUGGCCGCCCAGGACUGCCUGGCCGCGCUGGUGCAGGUGUUUGGGAACACGGACCCCCGGGAGAGCGCUCGGCUGAAGUUCCUGACCUGUGCCCAGCGGCCCGAGGAGACUCUCUCUGCGUACGUGAUGCGCCUGGAAGGCCUGCUGCAGUCGGCCCUGGAGAAGGGGGCCAUCCUCCCGGCCGUGGCGGACCAGGUGCGCGCCCGGCAGGUGCUGAUGCGGGCCCGGCUGAACGACACGCUCCAGCAGACGCUGAGGACGCAGCUGAUGACCAGGCCUCCCGGCUUCGUGCGGAUGCUGCGGCUCCUCCAGAUGACCGAGGCCUGGGAGGCCGCCCUGGCUAGCAGGGAGCUGUUCCCAGGGGAAGAAGAGGCCCGUGUGGACGUUGGAGUCCUGGCAGCAGCCGCCCAGGCCGCCCCGGCCCAUGAGGCCAUCACCGCGGGCACCACUGCGGAUGGCACCAAGGCCUCCCCGGCCGGUGAAGAUACCUCCCCCCAGGCCGCCCUUUCCAAACAAGGUAGCGCCGAGGACCACCCGGCGCCCGAAGAGGCCAGUGAGGCCGUUGCCGGCACUGCCAAGGCUGGCGAGGCGGGCCCUGAAGACCAUGGUGCCGCCAGGGCAGCCCCUGGCCCUGGGGAGACCAGCAAGGCCUCCGCGGCCACUCAGGAAGGUGGAGGAGCUCCCGGCCCUGUGGGCCUAGGUCCGGCAGGACCCACACAUGCCCGCGGAGUCCCCAUGCCUGGCCGGAUGGGCAGUGCUUCCCCGGUGGCCCCAGGAGGUCCUGGCUGGGAGCCAGAGGGCCUCGCCCAGGCAGGAGGCCAGCAGGCCGAGGAGACCCCCGAGGAGGGGCUCCAGCAUGUCCCAGAAGAGCCGGGAAAUGAGGACGGGGCUGCAGAGAUGAGCCCCCCGGGGUCGUCCUCGGGCCAGUAGGCUCAGCAGGCCCCGGGGCCCCCAGGCUUGGAGGCAGGGGGAGGCCAGCCCUGGCAGCCUCCUGGCCCCACGUUAGGGGCCACUCAAGGUGCCUGGGCCUCCCUCCCGAGAGGGGACCCCUGUUCGUCAUCCCCUGGGCAGGCUGCUCCCUGUCCUGGCGAGCCCCAAUGUGUCCCUGUAGGCCCCAGAGGGACCCAGGUGUCAAGGAACCCCCCAGUCCCCGCUCCCCUCCCCCCAAAACACACACCCUAGCCAUCG